AUGCCGUUGAAACCGUUGUCAGCUUCUCUUCAUUUCGGGACCUUCUGCAGCAAGAAGAAGCAAAUAUCCCCUGAUGGUGUUCAGGAAGAGGAGUUACUAUUUGAAACUCAUUUUGAUGCCUCUGUCCCUCUCCCUCCACUCACCAUUCCUCCAAAACCAUCAGAACCCGUCCAAUAUCCGCAAGAGUUUCUAUCACGUGUCAUGGCCAUGGCAGCUGCUGUCUUAAAAAUAACUGAGCUGCUUAAAAAUAGUAUUGGUAGUGGCGGAGGCGGCGGCGAAAAGGACGUGUACGGUGACGGCUCAGCUGAUGCGGGCUCACCACCACCGCGUGCCCCAAGUCUCGGUUUUCUCAGCCGCUUUGCAAGCAGUGAGAAGAUCUCCUCAUCUGUUUAUGUAAAAGAUACACAAUUUGAAUUGCAUGGCAACGUCUCUGCUUUUCUUUUCGAUGCACCAAAAUUCCUUAAAUCGGUCUUCUUGAAUCCUGUGGUUGUGCAAGCGAUCAUAGCUACUAUUACUAAAAUUCGUGGAGGUGACGGUGGUGGCCAUGACGGAAGGGGCUCAGUUGGUGCUGCUGAAAGGGUCAUGCAUCCGAGGGUAAAGCUUCCGACCUCUCUUGAUUUUGAGACCUUCGUUUUCAAGAAGGAGAAGAUCAUUCUCGCUGGCCAUGACAAGUUUGUUCCUAUUGCAUUGCGGUAUAUUGUGAGAGGAGGCAAGGAUGUGUUUCGCUUGCUCCCAUAUGCAUUCCAGCGCAUUAAACAGAUUGGUGUCAUUGGUUGGGUUUCCCAGGGUUCUGUUCAAGCUCAGAAUUUAAGGGAUGCACUUGCUGAAGCCAUGUCUGCUAUAAAAGUCAAGGUCGGUCUCGAGAAGGAUUCUUGCUCUUUUGCUGAAGCUCGUGCUGCUGGUUUUACUGAAGAGAGCGAUACUUUAGGAGAUAUCUGGGAAACUAUUUCAGGCAGUGAUCUUGUGCUUCUUUUGAUUUCUGAUGCUGCGCAGGCUGGUGUUUAUGAGAGAGUUUUGUCUCACAUGAAGCCAAACAGCAUCCUUGGGCUGUCCCAUGGAUUUCUUAUCGAGCAUUUGCAGUCAAAGGGGCUUGAUUUCCCAAAGCACAUCAGUGUGAUUGUUGUAUGUCCUGAGGUAGAGGCCCAUUCUGUAAGGAGAGACUAUGUUCAUGGCCAGAAGAUCAAUGGAGCCGGAAUUAAUUCCAGCAUUGCAGUCCACCAGGUUCUCUCUCUAUCUUUGUCUGGGCUCUCUCAAGGAAUGCUCACACUCACUAGUCACUAAACUUGAGCAUGCGCAUGAGGACUCAAACGUUAUAUAAAAAUAAGCCAUCUGUCUGAACUAUUCUGAUACAAAUCAAACUAAACUAUCAUGAUUGAUAUGCUAUAUUGCGGUCCUUCAAAGACCCAACGGCUCACUGAAUCCCAAAUCAUCGACACAACUAUGUUGUAAUUUCAUUUGGGAGCAGGACUGGGAGUUGAUACUACAAUUUUCAAAAAUUCAAUUUGAAAAAAAUUAUAAUUUCUGGAAUCUUGUUUCUAAAAGAAAGGUCUUUUUAAAAGUCUCUUUAUCUAAUAUUAUGUUCAUUAAAAAUUUUUAUUGAUUAAC